AUGCAUCUCCAAACCAUCCUUCCCAUCCUAUCCGCCUUAGGAACAUCAGCAUCAGCUGCUAUUACCUCCAAACCAACUCACCUCUGGGCAACCCACUACAACGGCAAUGUCUACUCCUUAACCCUGAAGGACAAUGACCUCUCCAUAUCGCAAACCCUCAACACCUGUGGUGAUAUGCCAAGCUGGUUAACUCUGGACCCGCGCACACGUACCGUUUACUGCUCCGAUGAGAGCGGCACUGCCGAUCCUUCCACCCAUGGUUCCCUGACGGCACUGCAUGUCAAGCCAGACGGCACGCUACGCGAAGGCGCUGUUGCCAAGACUGUCGGUGGAGGUGUGAAUAGUGUUAUCUAUGAGGCCGGUGCGGGGAAGAAGUUCCUUGCAAUUGCGCAUUACGAAGGCUCAGCCAUCUCAACUUUCGCUCUACCAAUCAAACAAGAUCAACCAGAACUACAAUCCUUCCAUUUCAAUUUGACCAGGCCAGGCAAAGUCGCUCAGCAGGACUCGCCACACCCCCACGAAGUCUUCCUUGACCCGACCGGCUCGUUCAUCGUCAGUCCAGACCUGGGCGCGGAUCUGCUGCGCGUGUACGCGAUCGAGGACAAUGGGUCUGGAAAGCUCUCAGAGUGUCCGAGCGUGAACAUUACCUACGGUAGCGGGCCACGACACGGCGUGUUCUGGUCAGAUGGUAGCAACCGGGUUGGGGCUGGGUCGACGCAGUCGCGGAAGACGGCGGCUGUUGGCGAGACCAUGAUGUAUCUUGCUAACGAGAUCGGGGGUACGAUCAUGGUGUUUGAUGUUUCGUAUCCGAGAUCUGGGUGUUUGUCUUUCGAGAAGAAGCAAACGAUGGUGCCCUACCCUGGCGGUGUCAUGCCCAAAGGUGCGACGCCGGCUGGGAUUAAGAGGAUCGGGGAUGACCUUUAUGUUUCAAUCCGAAGUGAUCAAGGGUUCGCCCCAAGUGAUUCGAUCGUUGCGCUUGAUCGGUCGGCGGACGGGUCAGUUGAGUUGCGGGACUCGUCUUCUGCGCUUGGAAAGGUGCCGCGGACUUUUGUGAUUAAUCGGGCUGGAGAUUUGGUUGCUAUUGGGAACCAGGCUACUGCGACGGUUGCAAUUGUGCGCAGGGAUCCGCAGACCGGCAAUCUGGGUGAGGAGGUUGCUACUCUACAAGUUGGCGAGCCUGGGAAGGUCGGGACUGCGGAGGGUCUCAGCAGUGUCAUCUGGGAUGAGUAG